UCGCCGAAGAUAUUUAGUCCGGAGAAAGAUUGGGCGAGAUUUUAUGGCGUCUUCGUUGACGGACUCGUCCGACCAACUCGAUCACGAAUCACUGGCCGCCGCUUCGACUCGGCCAUUCGACGACGACGGGUUCCUUGGAUACGACCUUCGUCUGUCUUCCCAGCGCUUUGAUUCCUUCUCGAACUUCGCUGACUCUGAGUCCGUCAAGGACUCGGCCGUUAACGAGUCACCGCUUUUCACUUCCCAGCCGAUCCCCGACACUCCGUCUCCGCCGCCGAUCUACAUCUCCACGGGUGGAUUCUCGCCCGAUCCGGCGGAAUUCUCCUCGUUCUCGCCGGAAGGAGACGGAAAGGAGUUCGAUGGUUCCUAUGCGGCGUCCGACGGGCCGAUUCUGCCGCCUCCGGGGGAGAUGGAGCACGAUGAGGGCUUUGCUCUCGGAGAAUGGAGGAGGCAAAAUGCUAUCCGACUUGAGGAGAAAGAGAAGAUAGAGAAAGAACUCUUGGGCCAAAUUAUUACUGAAGCAGAGGACUACAAGGUGGACUUCUACAGGAGAAGAAAAGCCAGCUGUGAAAUCAACAAAGCCACUAACAGGGAAAAGGAGAAGAUAUUCAUGGCCAGCUCAGAGAAGUUCCAUGCUGAGGCAGACAAGAAUUACUGGAAGACAAUUGCAGAGCUCAUUCCUAAUGAAGUACCAGCAAUAGAAAAGAAGAGAGGGAAAAAAGAGCAGGAGAAGAAGCCAUCAUUUGUCGUGCAAGGGCCAAAGCCUGGGAAACCAACUGACCUAGCUAGGAUGCGGCAUAUUCUCAUAAAGCUCAAGCACAACACUCCUCCACACCUGAAGCUUUCACCUCCACCAGCUCCCACCAAAACUGGUGCUGGUGCUGGUGCUGCCUCAGACGCUCCUCCAAAGUCUGCAACUGUAGCAACCUCAGUUGAAGUGGUGGCCGUAGCUUGAACAUAUAUAAAGACAGUUAGUUUUACAAGCAUUUUGUAUUCUACUGUGUUUGUCAUAAUACCGCAUUAAGUCUCUUGCCUUCUACUUGGAGUCCACCAAUUAGAUGACCCAAUGUAACAACUUUUAUAGCUAUUAUGCCUGUUCUUCUGGUUGUCUUGACGUUGGAACUUCUGCUUUGUUUAUGUACCAAGCUUUCUCCUAA